AUGAGUCACCGUAAGUACGAAGCUCCCCGCCACGGCUCUCUUGGUUUCCUCCCCCGCAAGCGUGCGGCUCGCCAUCGCGGAAAGGUCAAGUCCUUCCCCAAGGAUGAUCCCAAGAAGCCCGUCCACUUGACUGCCGUUAUGGGCUACAAAGCGGGUAUGACCCAUGUUGUCCGCGAUCUCGACCGUCCGGGCUCUAAGAUGCACAAGCGUGAGGUUGUGGAGGCUGUUACCAUCGUUGAGACUCCCCCCAUGAUCGUCGUCGGUGUUGUUGGCUACGUCGAGACCCCCCGCGGUCUCCGCACCCUCACCACCGUCUGGGCCUCCCAUCUUUCGGACGAACUCAAGCGCCGGUUCUACAAGAAUUGGUACCGCUCGAAGAAGAAGGCGUUCACCCGCUACGCCAAGAAGGCAGCGGAGGACAACGGCAAGUCGGUGCAGCGCGAGCUCGAGCGCAUUCGCAAGUACUGCACCGUUGUUCGUGUCCUGGCGCACACCCAGAUCCGCAAGACUGGCCUUGCGCAGAAGAAGGCGCACCUGAUGGAGAUUCAGGUCAACGGCGGCAGCAUCGCGGACAAGGUCGACUUCGCGCACGGUCUAUUCGAGAAGCCGAUUGAGGUCAACAGCGUCUUCGAGCAGGACGAGGUCGUCGAUGUCAUCGCCGUCACCAAGGGUCACGGUUUCGAGGGUGUGACUCACAGGUGGGGAACCAAGAAGCUGCCGCGCAAGACGCACAAGGGUCUCCGUAAGGUCGCUUGUAUUGGAGCGUGGCACCCUUCGAAGGUCAUGUUCUCUGUUGCUCGUGCUGGUCAAAAUGGCUACCACCACCGCACGGAACUCAACAAGAAGAUCUACCGCGUCGGCUCCGGCUCGGACGAGGGCAACGCCUCCACCGAGUCCGAUGUCACCAAAAAGACGAUCACGCCCAUGGGUGGCUUCCCUCACUACGGUAUCGUCAAGAACGACUAUCUCAUGCUUAAGGGCUCCAUCCCCGGAACGAAGAAGCGCGUCAUCACCAUCCGCAAGUCGCUCAUGGUCCACACUUCUCGUCGGGAUCUCGAGAAGGUCCAGCUCAAGUUCAUCGAUACCUCUUCAAAGUUCGGUCACGGCGCUUUCCAGACUUUCGAGGAGAAGGCGGCGUUCUUGGGCACGCUCAAGCCCCGCGCAUGA